CCUAAGCAUAAUAGUGAAAACAAACCUGAACAUGUGUCAGUACAAAACAUCAAUUUAAUACCAAAUAAGCUUAUAAAGCAUACUAGUCUAUCACGCAUUCAAGAAUCAUAUAUGGUGGCAUUGAAAAAAUUAAAAAAAAAAUUAAAAAAAAUAGACAAUCGUCCCGGACCAUUUCAAACUCUCGAUCCCAUACUCGGAAAGUGCCUGUCCAGUCCCGUCCCUGCCACCGAAUUUUCGUUAAAACGCGUCGAAAUAAAUCAUAAAUUAUUUUUAAUAUUUGGAUUCCAUGAAUUAAGAAGUGCCAAAUUUGUUGAAGUAUUGGUCAAGAGAGAGCAGUUAAAUGAUCACUUGGUUUUGAAGCGAUGACCGUAUAAUCUUUGCGUGGUUCUUUUCUCCUCCUUAUCUUCAUCUGAAUAGCUCUAUGGUGCAUGGAGAUAUCUCACCAUUUCAUUCUAAUUUAAAGAUAUGCAUCUUCACCGAAAUCGAUUAAUUAUGGCUCUGGACAGCAUUAUAACCUCACCACACCGGAGAUCUCAGACACAGACCGCAUUUUCUCAGCCUAAUUCACUGAAAAGGCAGCACUCAAGAGGUGAAGAGUUUGGAAGUUGUUCGACUCUUGUUCAGAGACAUCGUUUUCUUCUUACGGCUCUUGCCCUCCUUGCAUUCCUUUGCACUAUUUAUCUCUACUUCGCCGUGACUCUUGGAGCUGGUGAUGAUUGUUCGGGCUUGGUGGGGGCCCAAAAGGCGACCUGCCGUUUGCGGAUGGCGAAAGGUUCAGUGGCUAAAGGAAAAUUGAAAUUCUUUUAG